AUGGGGCUCUUCACAAUUUCUGCAAAUAGACUAUUGGCCUAUCUGAUAUCUUAUGCAAGAGUUAUUUUGCCUUGCAGUUCAGAAGAUCAGGAUGCCUCUUUUGUUGUUCGCCUUCAAAAACAUACUGGCCCAGUUAGGGGUCUGGAAUUCAGUGCGCUAUCACCAAAUCUGCUGGCUUCUGGGGCUGAUGAAGGGGAACUCUGCAUUUGGGAUCUGGCGAAACCUCCAGAGCCUAAUUUGUUUCGAUCUCUUAAGAGUUCUGGAUCCGGUGCUCAAACUGAAGUUUCAUUUGUAUCAUGGAAUCCAAAAUUUCAGCAUAUAUUAGCAUCUACCUCAUACAAUGGGAUGACUGUUGUUUGGGAUUUGAAGCAACAGAAGCCAGUGACAAGCUUUUCAGAUUCCACAAGAAGGAGGUGCUCUGUUUUGCAAUGGAAUCCCGAUAUGUCGACCCAGCUUAUUGUUGCAUCUGAUGAUGACAGUUCACCCUCUCUUCGGGUUUGGGAUGUCAGGAAAACAAUAUCACCAUUAAGAGAAUUUGUGGGGCAUACAAAAGGUGUGAUUGCUAUGUCAUGGUGCCCUUAUGACAGUUCACAGUUAUUAACCUGUGCCAAAGAUAAUCGAACUAUUUGCUGGGAUACUGUUGCUGGAGAGAUAGUUUGUGAACUACCAGCCAGCACCAAUUGGAAUUUUGAUGUUCACUGGUAUCCUAAAAUUCCAGGUGUCAUAUCAGCAUCUUCAUUUGAUGUAAAAGUUGGCAUAUACAAUAUUCAGGCCUGUAGCAGGUCAACAUCAGGGGAAGCUCGCUUGAGAGCUCCAAAAUGGUUGAAAUGUCCAGUGGGUGCAUCCUUUGGUUUUGGAGGCAAGCUUGUUUCUUUUCAGCCUAGUUCAUCAGCGCUUGGCACUCCAUCUAAUAGUUCUGAGGUUUACGUGCAUAAUUUGGUUACUGAACACAGUUUGGUGAGUCGGUCUACUGAAUUUGAAACUGCAAUGCAAGAUCGCGACAACUCAUCAUUGAGAUUGUUAUGUCAGAAAAAAUCUGAGGAUUGCAUGUCCAAGGAUGAUAAAGAGACUUGGGGAUUUUUGAAGGUUAUGUUUGAGGAAGAAGGAACCGCUAGGACCAAAUUACUUACUCAUCUUGGUUUUAGUGUGCCUGAUGAAGGAAGUGAAAAUGCAAUUGAUGAAGUUGAGAAGAAAUUAACUAACACGAUGAACUUAGAAGAGAAGUCUAGUACAUUCUUGGUUGACAAUGGAGAAGAGUUUUUUAACAGUCCCCAGCCCUCUAUUGAUAACCUUGUUGAAGACAAUGAAGUUCCUAAAAAUAAGCAGAUAGAGAAAGAGUCUGAGGAGCACAGGCAGAGCACCGAUCCCUCAAUUGAUGAAAGUAUUCAACGUGCUUUGGUCAUUGGAGACUACAAGGGAGCAGUUUCACAGUGCAUAAAAGCAAACAGAACGGCUGACGCACUGGUUAUUGCACAUGUUGGGGGUCCCUCGUUGUGGAAACUUACUCGUGAUCAAUAUCUUAGGAGUAGUCUGUCGCCCUAUCUAAAGGUCGUGUCUGCAAUUGUGACUAAUGAUCUAAUGAGCCUUGUGAGUGCUAGGCCACUUGACUCAUGGAAAGAGACACUUGCUCUUUUGUGCACGUUUGCGCAGAAGGAGGAAUGGACUAUUCUUUGUGACACCCUUGCUUCAAGAUUAAUGACGGCUGGCAACACACUUGCUGCAACUCUAUGUUAUAUGAGUGCUGGAAAUAUUGAGAAAACUGUAGAAAUUUGGUCACGCUGCCUGAAAUCAGAGCAUGACGGGAAGUCCUAUGUUGACCUACUGCAGGAUCUAAUGGAAAAGACUAUCGUCCUUGCGUUUGCAACUGGACAAAAGCAUUUCAGUUUAUCACUGUCAAAGCUUGUUGAGAACUAUGCAGAGCUGCUUGCUAGUCAAGGACUCCUCACUACAGCAAUGGGAUAUUUGAAACUCUUGGGUUCAGAAGAAUCUUCCCAUGAGCUUGCCAUCCUUCGUGAUCGUCUUGCCGUUUCAGCAGCAGAGAGAGAAGAGGCUCAGACAUUGGCUUAUGGAAGCACUACAAGACAAGCUGAUUUCACAUAUAGCACUGAGACAUCCAGUUAUGGUGCUGACAGUUCACACCAAUUUUAUCAGGAUAACCAACAACCCCCAGAGAGUGUUCCAGCUCAUGCAUAUGCUGAUGGCUAUUCACAGCAUAGUUCUUAUGGAGGAUAUAAACCAAUGCAACAAGUGCCAACGCCAGUGGAGCACAUGCAAUUUGCGAGUAACACACAGUUUCAACCGCAGCAGCAGAUGUUUAUCCCAUCUCAGGUUCCCCAUUAUCAGACAAAUUCUCCUGCUCCUCCAGUUCAAGUACAGCCUCCAGUGAAGUUUGUUCCUGCAGCACCUCCUCUUAUUAAAAACGUGAAUCAAUUUCAGCAGCCGAGCUUGGGGUCUCACUUGUAUCCGGGAACAAGCAAUCACAUGCAUCAAACUGGACUACCUGCACCUUCUCACGGUCUUGGUGUACCCCAUCCAAGCCUAGUUCCUGCUCAUAACUUUCCCCCAACUACGACACCUCCACCAGCUGCUACCAGUUUUAUGCCUGUUUCAAAUCAAGGUUUCGUGCAGAGACCUAGUUUUAGUCCUGCACAGCCCUCCAGUCCUACCCAGCCAGCUCAAAUGAAACCAGCUGUUGCACCUCCAGCCCCUCCACCAACUGUGCAAACAGUGGAUACUUCAAAUGUGCCUGCUGAGCUGAAGCCUGUUAUAACGACAUUAACCAGACUUUACCAUGAGUCAUCAGAAGCGCUCGGUGGUUCACACGCAAAUGCAUCUAAGAAACGGGAAAUCGAGGACAACUCACGCAAAAUUGGAGCUCUUUUUGCAAAACUUAAUAGCAGGGACAUAUCCCCGAAUGCUGCAGCUAAGCUUAGUCAGCUCUGCCAGGCUUUGGACACGGGUGACUUUGCCGGUGCCUUGCAUAUUCAGGUGGUUUUAACGACGAGUGAUUGGGAUGAAUGUAACUUCUGGCUUGCUGCACUGAAGCGAAUGAUCAAGGCGAGGCAGAGUGUUAGAAUGAAUUAGGACAGUCGGAUGCUCAUUCUUUUCAGGGAUAUUACUCAGUAUACACAGGAUUUUCAUUUUCCUUCUCUCUGAAGGGAGAAAUUAAUUGUUAUUUAUACCUCGUAGGUUCUCACCCCUAGAUUUCCCAUUAUUCAGAGUCAUGUGGUGGUUCCUUACGGUGAAGGCUGGCGUUAUUGUGUGCGUUUGUGCCCAAUAUUUCUUGUCAAUUGACGUGUCUAAUUUUGUUUGAAUUCUAGGUUUUUUGGGGGUUUUCAAUGUUUCAGAGUAAUGUUUUAUAUUUAUUUAAAGAAAUUUUCCUUUUUAACUUUGAGCUGCCGUAGUCACCCGAAGUAGACAGUUUUCUUUUUGUGAACUCUUCAUUGCAGCCAAAAAAACAUAUAUCUGGCUAUGAUUAUUAUGUUUUUGUUUGGCCU